AUGGCAGGUAUCACCCAGUGGAAGGAGUUGUCUUCAACCAUGAAAGCUCUAGAAGGACAGCAUGAUAUUGCAUCUGCUCACGGUGCUGGAUUUCUCAGCUACGACAGCUCCUUCAAUGAGAUUAUUGGCCAGUCUGCAGGCCUGAAAUGUGUUUUAGAAGAUGAUAUCCCAUUCGCUCAUGAAGCUGGUGUAUACUUCCCAGAACAAGACUCGCUGUUGGUUACUAGCAACAGGUUCAGGACCGAACAAGAGGACGAAGGAUCAAUCCUGAUCCACAAACUAAACCGAAACAGCGGCCUCUGGACGAAGGAGCAGGUUCCAGCUGACAUCACAAUGGCCAACGGCGGUAUCAAUUACCAGGACGGCAUUUUGUUUUGCGCCCAAGGUGACCAAUCCACGAAAGGAGGCCUUGUAUUCAUGGAAGCCAAGCCUCCAUACAAGGUCCAGACUCUGGUGAAUAGCUAUCACGGGCGAAGGUUCAACUCGGUCAACGAUGUCGUGGUCAAAUCAGAUGGAUCUAUCUGGUUCACCGACCCGAUAUACGGCUCAGAGCAAGGCUUUUGCCCAAAGCCGCAGCUGCCAAAUCAGCUGUACAGAUUCGAAACAAAGACGGGGAAUAUCAGAGCAGUCGCCGAUGGAUUCGGUCGACCGAAUGGACUGUGUUUCUCGCCAGAUGAGCAGACACUCUAUGUUACUGACACGGAAUGGAUUCAUGGUGACGGAACCAUAGAUGAUACUCGUGCAUCCUCCAUUUACGCGUUUGAUGUCAUACAGCGUUCAGGGGCUGACUUUCUUGCUAAUCGCCGACUUUUCGCCAUGGCGGAUACUGGGAUUCCAGACGGCAUCAAGUGCGAUACGAAUGGAAACGUUUAUUCAGGUUGUGGAGAUGGUCUCAAUGUCUGGAAUGCAGGAGGCACUCUGAUUGGCAAGAUCUUGGUACCCGGCGGCGUGGCAAACUUCUGCUUCGGCCGCGGUGGGGAAUUGUUUUUGCUGAACGAAACAAAGUUUUGGGUCGCAAAGAUUGCGCCUUCGGUCAAAGGGGCUUUGCUGGAAGGCAUGGGUAUUGACAGCGGCAAGCACGAGGGGGAGUGA